AUGGACGCAGUCGUGUCACCGAGUGAGAAUGGCCUUUCCAAGAGCUCGUUGGAAAAUAUUAUGGCCUUUGUCUCGUACAUCCCGGUGGCCUUUGCCAUCUUCUUCUGCAUCACCUCGCAAGAAGGCCACUCCCAGGAUCCACUCGGCACUGCAAAAACUAUCGCAGCUGUGAUGUGCAUUGCCUACGCCAUGUGUGCAGGAGCAGCCUCUGGUGGAGGGUCGACCGAUCUGUGCAAGGCGUUGGUGUUGGCCAGAAUAGUCCUGGGCGUUGUUUCCUUCAUUUCGAGCGUUCUCAUCUUGGCGCUGGCCGAUGAAACGGGAGAAGUGAUAAAGUUCGUGCUCAUGUACCUGUUCUUGGCAUUGCUGACGCUUCCUGAGGCUGGCAUCAUGUACCUUUAUGUGCGGCAGGUGCAGCUUGAGAAGUUCAUGGCGCAAGGGGGCGACGUUCAUCAGGCCCCGGCUCCGAUUCAGCCUGGCCCCGCCAACUAUGGACCGCCUCCGCAAUCCGUCCGCGGUGGCAUGGGCAUGCCAGGCAUGCCCUACCCUGGUGCUGGGCCUCCAAACUUCACGGGACCAUCUGGGCCAUGCGCUGGCAAUGUUCAUGGAGGCGCAUGGUAG